UUUGCAGUACUAGCAGACGAAGGAUUGAGGUGUUACUGCAGUGAACACUGCCCAGAAGACUCCCCAAACAACACAUGUGUCCUCAGACCGGGAGGUUGGUGUUUCUCACAGAUCCAAGCCGGUGAAGACGGGGUCUUUCACGAUGAAGCCAUUUCGUCACACGGUUGUCUUCCACCCCAGGAAGAUGGCGGACUGUUUCAAUGCAAGGGGAAAGAGCACACCAUCUCACGAACAAUGGUGUGCUGCAACGACAAACCAAUGUGUAACAUCAACCUGCGACCAACACUGCCCCCAACAACAACAGCCGAAAUUCCAGUUGAGCCACCGGAGGAUUACGAGUAUGACACAACAGCUCAUCAAAUUGUACUACUAGUCUCUGUCACAAUCUGCGCAGUUCUAUUCAUUCUUACAAGUACUUUCCUCUAUAUCAGAUUAAAAAAGAGGGAAGCAAGGCGGAGGUACGACACAGAGGGAAGCAGAACACGGCAGAAUGACACGUAUAUUUCUGACGGUGAAACGAUCAGUGAACUCAUGGGUAGAGUCUCAGGGUCUGGUAGUGGCUCAGGUCUUCCUCUUCUUGUCCAGCGUACUAUAGCAAAGCAGGUACAGUUAAUACGCUGUGUCGGACAGGGCCGGUUCGGUGAGGUAUGGAAAGCCAAGUGGCGAGGGGAGUACGUCGCAGUCAAGAUCUACCUCACAGAGGAAGAAUCCAGCUGGUUCAGGGAGACGGAGAUUUACCAAACGGUUCUUAUGAGACACGACAACAUCUUGGGUUUCAUCGCAGCAGAUAUCAGAGGUUCCGGGUCGUGGACACAGCUGUUUCUGAUCACCGAAUACCACGAACAUGGCUCACUCUUCAACUACCUACGCUUUAAUAUCCUCGACACAAAGGCAAUGCUACGAUUGGCCCAAUCAGCCGCUAACGGCUUGGCGCACCUGCAUUCUGAGAUCUGCGGCAUGCAGGGUAAACCAGCUAUAGCACAUCGAGAUAUUAACAGCAGGAAUGUUCUAGUUAAAUGUAACGGGACGUGCGCCAUCGGAGAUAUGUCACUAGCGGCAAGAUUUUUAAGCGAGAGUAAUGAAGUCGAUUUACCGACCAAAUCAAGAACGGGCAACCGGCGAUAUAUGGCACCAGAGGUAUUAGACGGAACGUUGAACACCAACGCUUUUGAGUCCUACAAGAAUGCUGACGUCUACUCUUUCGGCUUGGUUCUUUGGGAAAUCGCAAGACGAUGCGUUACAAGAGGUAUUGUAGAGGAAGCUCAGACGCCGUAUUACGACUUUGUACAGAGUGCGAAUCCAACACACGAAGAAAUGCAAAAGAUUGUUAUACAAGAGAGAAGAAGACCUGACAUUCCUAACAGGUGGAGUGGAGAUGAUAGCCUUUUGUCGAUAGCACGGGUGAUGACCCAAUGCUGGCACCCUAACCCUGCUGCCCGCCUCACCAUGCUACGGGUCAAGAAGACACUGGUCAAAAUGCAGGAUGAGGAUUUCAAGGUCUAAUUAAAUGUAAUAUAAUAUUAUGUAUGUCUCAAUUAACCCCCUGACCUCUAACCCAUUCCCUUCACCCUCGCAUUGAGAUGCUAGUCAGGCUGCCCACCAAAGUUGAACCAUCAAGCCCGGUUCAUACUUCCCGAGAGUUCAAAUGUGAUACGAAUAUUGACGUCACAAUAUCGCAACUAAUAAAUUGCAUCAGUCGUCAACUCCUGCGAAACAUUGGCUGCGAAAACUGCCCUGUGACGUCAAAAUUCGUUUUGCAUUGGCAGGAAAUAUGAAACGGGCUUUACUAGUGAAUCAAAUUGAGGCCGUGUCGGAAUUGAAGGCUGUCCUUAGCAACACCCUUAGCAAAAUCUGUAGCCACCAAUUCGGAUACGGCUUAACCUUCAUCUGAAGCUAGUUUAGAUUGCACUGCAAAAUGGAGAUCACUUUUUGUCAAAAACUAUGAGUUAAUGUUGACUCUGAAGCAGUUCAGAUCUAACUACUUGAAUAUUGUCAGUAAAAACUGCGGGCGACCUGACUAAACCAAUUUCAGUAGUGUUGCUUCAUUCAUGACUGUUCUCUGGGAGUUUGGUUACCAGACAUUGUGCUGUUUUAAUAACAGCCUAAAAAGUUAACUUUUGUCUGGCAGUUAACUUUUAAUUAGUACAGGUCAAGAAUGUAGAAGCACUGCUGCAAAUGUCACCCCCUCCCCUCAAACUUUAACUCAAUUGAUGCAGUGUGUGGGUCAGAAGUUCAAAACUGUUUUUAGAAGACGAAGUGAAAAGCCAGUCUUGCUUUAAAAUGUUCAGAACUGAAUUGAUUUUCCCCCUCUUUAAUUCAUAGAAACUUCGUGUCACAUAAAGUUUGUUCUGUUGUGAAUUAGACUUUUUUGGCCAGUAGAAUUUCUAAUCUUCCUUUAUAAAUGAAUAACGGUUAUUAUCAGUAUUCAUGAACUACAGUCGACUCUCGUGAUGGCAAAGUCGACGGGACUGGCCAAAUCACCUCGAGCCUGCAGUCCUGUGUCCAAAUUUGAGCCCUGUCGCAAUAACAAUGUUUUUUUUAGGAGACUUGACUGUAGUUGUUUAGGAGCUACUGCUGUUGUUUUAAUAGUCAACAACUGUUUCAUGAGCUACUCUUUUGAUCAACAGACUGGUUUACUUAAACCCACAUGCUGCAUCUGUAUGUAGAUAUAAAUAAGAAUGGUUUUUGUUUCAGCUGCGCAUGAAACAGCAUUCUACAGACUGCUUUUCAUGUUUCUUUGAAUAUGCAUCUAAAUAUUAUUCAAAAUAUUCAAAAUCCCUGCUACUGAAAACUGUCACCCUAGACUGAAUUUUCAGUGAUCUGAAAUAAAACCUAAUAUCUUGUAGUAUUAUUAUUAUUAUUUUUUCUAUGAAAAUGUAUAAGUAGGAUUUAAAAUUUUUAUUGCAAAUGUAUCAUUAAUACACCAAAGUUUAUCCCAGCUAGUCACCAAAAACAGCUUUCAGAAAUAGUUUCAUUCAGUUACUCUGAUUCAAAGGGUCAAUUAAAUUUCGCUUCAAACUUGAUUGCAAAAGCAAAAUCCCCCCCCCCCCAAAAAAAAAAAAA